AUGGCUAACAAGGGAGAUGACUGCUAUUUCUUCUUGAAUGCCACUUGCGCUAAGGGUGACAGCUGCCCCUUCAGACACUGUGAAGCCGCCAGCGGUUGUGAGGUUGUCUGCUGCCUGUGGCAGGAGAACAGAUGCUUCCGACAGGUCUGCAAGUUCCGCCACGUGCUGAUCAAGAAAAACAGGAAGAAGAUUGCUUGUUACUUUGAGAACCAGCCUGCUGGCUGCCAGAAGCCUCACUGUGCCUUCCACCAUGAGAAACCACGCAUCAUAAAUGGCCUAUACGUGCCGUCCAACAAAAGUUUGGCCCUGAAAGAAGAGGAGGAGCCUCAUGAGGAUCCUAGCCCUCUUGUCUCCACCCCCAUCCCCAGCCCAGCCAAUCCCCAGAUCCAUGGGGUCAUCAACCCAUCAGAUGAUGAAGAUGAGGAAGAACAUGAUCAGUUCUCAGAGGGGGAGGACAACGGGUCCAGCUCAGACGGAUCCAGAGUAGUCUCUCCCAGGAAGAUAGCCAUGGCCUCCAGCUCAGGUUAUACAAUUCCUGGCCAGGCCUCAGACCAGAGAAACAACGGAGCCAGUGGAGAGAAGGAGAUCAUGAGAUCCUUCAUCCAUCCAUCUCUCUUCACAGCUAAGGAUGAAGUUCCUGCCGGGGGUGACCUGUCAAUGAAACGCUAUCUGGCCAAGCACUUCGGGAGGAAAAUGGGCGAGGAUGAAACAGAACAUCCCCCUCAGAAAGUCCCUGACACAAUCACCUCCACCAGGGCCCCAAAGAGAAGCGUCACUGCCAAACCUGCAACCAGUCUCCAUGUGAAGACCUUCUCAGAGAUCCUCCACGCCAAGAGGAAGCUGGAGGAGGACCUGCAGCAGGGCCAGGGCCCCAGCCUUAGGAAGGCCAACCAGCAGGCUGUGGAAGCAGCUCCAGGUAACUCCCAGGCCUGCGGACCCACCCACCCAGCCAUGCCCAUGCGGGUGGCCCCUCCUGUCAGAGGAGUGAAGGUGAAAACCCUGGAGGAGAUCCGCAGUGCGAAGGCAGCCAGGAUGCAGGACCAGGGACAGGAGGCAUCCAAUGGGAAAAGGCCAGGCUCUGCCUCUGGAGAGGGAGGCGCCAAGAAGCCCUGCAUACUGCACAUCAACAAACCAGCUUCUCCUGCUGCUAGCACUACCACCCAGAAGAUAUCUGAGGUGACAGAGAAGCCAGCUGAGUCUGCUGCUGUUGCUACUGAGGAAGAGCAGGCCUCAGAGGGUUCCGCCAAGGCCGAAUCUGCCCAGACACAGGCCGCAGACUCCGCCCUCCAGAGGGAGAAGAGUAUGACCUCCAUCAUAAUGAGGGUCAUCCCCUCUGCCACCUCCUCACCCCACACCAUCACCCUGGAGGUACUCGCCCAGGCACCCAAGGCACCCCUUUGCCAGCGCAUCACUCUCAAACCCAAGGCAGCCUCCCAUGUACUCUGUGCCACUGCCUUUCCCCAGCAGGGGUCUCCGCUGAAGCAGGCUGAGGCAGACCCCCACUCCCUCAGCUCCAGGAGCUCCAGCGCUGCCCCAGGUAAGAGGAAGAGAGGCUCCCCGGGAGGUGCCAGUCCCCCCAAGCAGGCUGCCUUAGCAGCAGCAACAGACUCCCCUGGACGCUCUGUGGAUGAGGAUCUGGUUGAGAAGGCUCAAGAUGGAUCCCAGAAGAAAUCUCCUGGGCAAGCUACUGAAGUGAGGUCCAAGCUGAACAUGAGGCCUUCUGUGAUGAAGCAGGCUGUCCAGAUAAAGCCCGGCCAGAAGGGCCAGAAGAGGACGAGGAAAUCAGCAGACACAUAUGCGGUCGCUGCAGUCAACAGCACACCCCUCAACAGCACCUCUGCAGCACAGGAGGAACUACUGCAGGAGCCGCCCUGCAAACGGAAAGAGUGUCGAGGCCCAGAUGAGCCUUGUGGUUCCCUGGAGUCCUCUCUCCGGCCCUGUGGUGAUGUUCACUCUGCCAUGGAGGCCCCCUCUGCCAGCUCCUCCUCCUCUGCCAUGGAUGAAUUUGACGAGCGAAUGAAAAAGUUCUUAGGCUACUAUCAUGAGUUCAACUGUGAGCUGGACCCCGGCUAG